AUGUCUGCAACUUCCGGACCAUCGUCUUUGCAGCAAUCUGCGAAGGCACAUACGGGUUCCCUCGUGGACAAACUCCAGCAGGAGGCACGCGAGUCCGCCUCGCAUACCUUCGAGGCCGUCUCCUCACUCGCAUGGUUAUGGCCUCUUCGCGGUCUCCUAUUCUCUAUCACUCACCCACAGAUCAUCCUCUCCGUCCGCCAUGCACUCCUCAAGUCCAUCCUCUCCUCCGCCGUCAUCUUCUGCGUACUCGCCUUCUUCACCUACAUCCCCCAAAUGGCCAUCCUCGCAAUCUUCACCGGCCCCCUCGCCCCACUCAUCGCCCUCAUCGUCGUCGGCGCCGAGUCCCUUCUCGUCGUCUCCUUCCUCGCGCGUGCGCUCUUUCUCGAGCCCGCCCUCACCCACGUCUUCGACGCCACGCUCGAGGCCAGCGCACAUGGUCAGCUCGUCCGCGAAGGAAAAGCACGCACCGCCGCACAAGCGUCCGUUGCGAAGGGCGUCCAGGGCGCGCUCGUGAAGCCCCUACAGGCGUUCUCCAAGGACGGCAUUGUGCGCUACGUGCUCACGCUCCCGCUCAACUUCAUCCCGGGCGUUGGCACUGUGUUGUUCUUGCUAUACAACGGGUACAACGGCGGCCCCGGCUGGCACACACGCUACUUCCAGCUGAAGAACCUCAGCAAGAGUCAGCGCGCGUCGUUCGUCGAGAACCGCAGAGCGGAAUACACGGCAUUCGGCAUGUCGACGCUGCUGUUCAACUUCAUCCCCGUCGUGGGCCUGCUCUUCAGCUUUACAAACACCGUCGGCGCUGCGCUUUGGGCAGCACAGCUCGAGGCGCAAGCGAACAUCAUCGACAACCCCGUCGGCGGUUCGACGCAAGGCCGCAAAAAGGGCGAGUGA